CAAAUACUCGCAACGGGAGGCAACAAUGAAGUUUGAGAACGUUCUCGCUGAUAUUGAUGGAUGUGGAAGGUUUCAGAUAAUGAUCAUUGUGCUCAGCUUUCUCGGCCGCUUCACACUGCCCUGCCACUUCAUGCUAAGCAAUUUUGUGUCAGCUGUGCCCUCACACCACUGUGAUACCAGCUCUCUGGAUGAUGGAGGUAUGUUUAUGAAUUUAUCCCAGGCAGAGAGGCUUAUUGUUAGCGUUCCACUCGAGCAGGACGGGACUCCAAGCUCCUGCCGGAUGUUUCCAGAGCCUCAGUAUCAUCUGCUGCUUAACAGCUCCAACGUCACUGACGUGGCGACAGUGCCGUGCCAAAACGGAUGGGUGUAUGACAAUUCCACCUUCAAAUCUACCAUCACGUCACAAUGGGACCUGGUGUGUGAUAGAAGAAGUAAAAACAAAGCAACUGCGACCAUCUUCUUCAUCGGAGUUAUGUUUGGAGCCAUGACCUUUGGAAGUCUCAGUGACAGGUACGGCCGAAGGAACCUGCUGCUGGUGUCCUACGUGUCCGCCAUGCUGUUUGCCGUCGCCAGUGCUUUCUCCACGUCCUACGUCAUGUUCACAGUGCUGAGGUUCUUCACGGGAUUUUGCAUCACGGGAAUCGUCAUUAUCUCAACCGUCCUCAGUGUGGAGUGGGUGGACAUUGAGCACAGGAAACUGGUGGGAGUGAUUGACAGCCUGUCCUGGACCACUGGGAACAUACUGCUGACAGGUUUUGCCUACUUGGUGAACGAGUGGCGGCUGCUGAUGGUUUGUGUUACGUCACCUUUGAUCAUGGCCAUUAUCACUUGGAGAUGGGUUCCAGAAUCGGCGAGGUGGCUCAUCGCCAAUGGAAAGCUGGAGCAGGCGCAGAUGUACCUGAAGAAAUGUGCAAAGAUGAACCGAAGAGAUCAGUCAAUCCAUUUGCUUGAAACAGAGAAACUUUCGACUAUUGUCAUGACUGAGAAACAAGACCGCGCCUAUUCUUACUUGGACUUGAUACGAACACCUAAAAUGAGGAAACUUGCCCUGCGUACUGGCAUAUUAUGGUUUUGCAUAGCAACUACAUAUUACGGCAUCAGCUUUAACAUCGCUGGCUUCGGGCUCAAUCUGUAUCUCACACAGUUAGUCUACGCUUUAAUUGAGCUCCCUGCCAAAAUAUCAAUUUACUACUUUCUGGAUAAGUUCGGCAGGCGGAGCACUGAGACUGGAGCGCUCGUGUUUGCUGGAACGUGUCUCGGAAUCAACAUUGUACUGAAAGGUAAGUCUGUUGCCAGAACAGUGGUCGCCAUCAUUGGAAAGGGCUUUUCUGCAGCCUCCUUUUCAACGGUUGUGCUGUACAGUUCUGAGUUGUAUCCCACUGUUGUAAGGCAAAACGGAAUGGGCUACAACUCCUUCAUGGCUCGGUUUGGCGUCGCUGUGGCUCCACUGAUCCUCUUGCUGGAUGACGUCUGGAAGGAGCUCCCGCAGGUCGUCUUGUGCUCUUCGGCGGUGAUCGGGGCAAUAGUGGCAAGGACGCUGCCAGAAACACGCGACCGGAGCCUCCCAGAGACCAUAGAAGAUAUCGAACAGUCGCAUCAUUGA